AUGGUUACAGUCGUAGAUAAGCUAGGUGACGUCUAUGAACUUGGUCUGACAUGGUCCAAGGAGCAGAUUAGAAAGCUGAAACUGGCAAAGCGUUACUUUAAAAGUGAUUACAAGGUCAGUGACCUUUUAAAGAAUUUUUUAUUAGACGAAAUGCCUUGAGAAAAUGAUUACAUGUUUUGUUUCGUUCCUUUUCUUUUCUUUCUCCCAAUCAAGUUAAUGAAAAAUGAACUUAGAUGUCCUUAACAAUGGGCACCACACGUCCUAGCGCUUUCAUCAAAAUGCCGUAGUUUAUGUACGAUGAAUUGUUAUAGCUGAUACAUUAAUUAUGUGAUGCUUGUGUUUUUUUCAGGUUCAUGUGUCAUCAACUUCAAGGGUCCCUGAUCAUUGUAGACCUUAUGCCCUCAGUCUUGCUAACGAUUCCAAUUUUACCACCACAUGUAAUCAUCAGCAUGAUCUAGUUUGUGAUAGGUGCAACCUGUUUCCUGCUGUUGUCCAAGAAUUAGAGUUACAGGUGGAAAAGGCUAGGAUUCCUCACAAAGACAAAGAAGAAAUGAAGUUUGUGGUGGCGCAGUCAAAGAAGAACAUAGAAGCCUGGAAAGCACACAUAUUACACUUCAUCAAUCAAGAUGAGGCCCACCUUGACAUCCUGAAAGCAGUAGAUGACAGCUCUGUAUUGGUGGUGCUAGAUUGGGCAAUGAAGUUCAUCCCAAGAAAGUACAGAGAGAGCCAGGCGGACUGGUUUGGUAAGAGAGGCCUCUCCUGGCACAUUAGUGUGGCAAUGAAAAAGCCUCCUGGAAAAACCUUGCAGACGCUGACUCUUGUCCACAUGUUUCAGAAAAGUAACCAAGACAGCCUGUAUGUGUUGGCCGUCAUCGAUGAUGUAAUCAAAAAGCUAAAGACUGCAAUACUUGGGUUGAAAUCUGUGAGCUUCAGACAGGACAACGCUGGUUGCUACCACAGCGCUGCUACCAUACUUGGGAUACAUCAACUCGCCGUAAAGCACAAUGUGUGCGUGCAAAUGGAUUUUUCUGAUCCUCAAGGCGGGAAGGGACCAUGUGAUCGCAAAGCUGCUUCUAUAAAGAAUCAUAUGCGUUCAUGCCUCAACUCUGGCCAUGACAUCUCGUCUGCACAAGACUCAUAUGAAAUCAGCUAUUGA